AUGGUCACUAUUAGAUGUGUUUUGUCCAUAGCUGUCCACUUUGACUGGGAAAGAUUCCAACUUGAUAUUAAUAAUGCUUUCUUUUAUGGUGAGCUCAAUGAAGAAGUUUAUAUGUGUUUGCCCGAUGGUUAUGAUCAAUCUAAUGGGACUAAGGUUUUGAACAAAGUUAAUGAAAUUAAAUUGCUACUAAAGUCCAAAUUUUCAAUAAAGAACUUGGGAAAACUACAAUAUUUUUUAGGUCUUGAAGUUGUUAAAAACACUGCUGACAUAUGCCUAACUCAAAGAAAAUAUUGCUUGGACUUACUUGCUAAAUUUGGUAUGACUGGUUGUAAACCAGUUAAUUACCCCAUGGAACCCAAUCAUGUUUUAAACCAUUUGUGUGAAAAGGAUAAUCAACCUUUAACAAACAUAACUGUUUAUCAAAAACUGGUUGGAAAAUUAAUUUACCUUUCUCACACUAGACCGGAUAUUGCAUACCCUGUACAUUUUCUAAGUCAGUUUAUGCAUUCUCCCACUCAAGCUCAUUUUAAAAUUGCGAUAAGGCUGUUAAGAUAUCUAAAGGGUGCCCCAGGCAAAGGAAUUCUUUUUGCAAAAGGGGACUCUUUGGGAAUGAAGCCCUUCUCUGACUCAGAUUGGGCUAAGUGCUUGGGAACCCGAAGGUCUAUUACCGGGUUUUGUGUUUUCUUAGGAAAUAAUUUGGUUUCAUGGAAAAGUAAAAAGCAGUCCACCGUCUCUCGAUCCUCUGCUGAAGCAGAGUAUCGUUCGAUGUGUGCUGCGACAUGUGAAGUUAUGUGGAUUUCCAAUUUAUUAAAGGAAUUGAAAGUAGAUGUUAAUCUGCCCGUUCAAUUAUUUUGUGAUAACACGGCUACUAUAUCCAUAGCAGCCAACCCCGUGUUUCAUGAACGCACGAAACAUUUUGAAAUAGACCUUUAUUUUUUAAAAGAGAAUAUUUCUAAAGGCAUCAUUCAAACGGUGGGAAUCAAAACAAAGGAUCAAGCUGCCGAUAUUCUCACAAAAGGCUUAUCUACAGGUCCGCAUGAAAAGGUUUGUUCUCUCCUUAACAUGUUUGACUGUUUCAAGUACUGA